GGGAGAAGAUAGGGCGCAGCCCGUAGGGAUUGUACAACACUGCCACCUUGCGGACAGAGGUGAGAUAGCGUGCCAGUUUAUUGGUUGGGCGCUCUGUCGUCACUUCCGACAUAUGACUUUCCCCGGGAAGACGAUUUGGCGCGAGCUGUUCUGUUGUUGUGUUGACCUGCCAUAACCGUACGAAUAAAUAAGACAAAACCCCCCACUUCUCCCCAUGGCUCCAGUGUCAAACCCUGAGAAAGACAUGGACGCUCCGGACGGCGACGAUGGAAGUGAAGCCUGUGGUUUGGCGAAGACUCGCUCCAGACGGGAGAAACGGGAGAAGGUGGGGAGGAAGUCCGCACUGGAACAGCUCAAAAAGGCUAAGAUGGGAGAGAAGAUCAAGUAUGAGGUGAAGGAGUUCAGCAGUGUGUAUGAGGAGGUGGACGAGGAUGAGUACUCAAAGAUGGUACGAGAGAGGCAAGAGGAUGACUGGAUUAUUGAUGAUGAUGGAACAGGAUACGUGGAGGAUGGACGAGAAAUCUUUGACGAUGAUUUGGAUGAUGAUGUAGUGGAAGACAAAAGGGGAAAAGGAGGCGCCAAAGGAGCUGACUCAAGGAAGAAUGUGAAGAAAUCUGUCGUAGCCAAACCCAACAGCAUUAAGAGCCUAUUCAUGAACAGCAACGUCAAGAGGCCUGCUGAGAAAGAUGUGGAUCUGUCCAAAGAUGACCUGUUAGGGGAUAUCUUACAGGACCUGCACUCUGAGAAACCAGCUCUUCUGACUCCGCCACCUGUGGUGACUCUAAAGAAAAAGAAAUCUGUGGGAUCACCUAUGAAUCCCUUCUCUAUCAAACCUCAGUUGCCAAAGCAGGACUCACCCUCAGCUGCUGGGGUAAAGGCAAAAGUGAUUCGAACGCCACCAUCACACUCUGCCCCCAGGUCGUCAGUCCGUCCUCCUUCGUCCACAUCUGCUUCUCUUGUGGCAAAGCAGAAGGUAAAAGUGGAAGAGCUGAAUGAAGAAGACAAGAACGAAGAAGAAGUGAAUGAUGCCAUGGCAUUUGAUGAGAUGGACUUUGAUGAACCGAUGGAGGUUGGCCUUGAGGAGGAGGCCCCUGUAGUGAAAGACGAUGCGGAGUCUAAACAUGAAGUAGCAGCAGUGACUGCAGUCAAAGUUGAGGCCAAAGCUGAACCUCAGGAUCCAGUCCUCAUGUCCAGCAGAAUUGGAAGCUCUUGGGGACAAGAGGAGGAGGGCGGAGGUAACGACGCUCCGGCCGAGGUGCAGGUCGAUUCCAGCCAACUUCCUCUGGUGGAGGGCCCGGACGGGGAGCAGGUUUUCCGCUUUUAUUGGUUGGAUGCUUUCGAAGACCCAUACAACCAACCAGGUGUGGUGUACCUGUUUGGAAAAGUGUGGAUUGAGUCUGCAAAGUCUCAUGUCAGCUGCUGUGUUAGCAUCAAGAACAUUGAGCGGACCAUGUACCUCCUACCUCGCGAAUAUAAGACAAACCCCAGGACCGGGGAGGUGUCCAACACUCCAGUAGGGAUGAUGGAUGUGUACCAAGAGUUCAACGAGCUCUCUGAGAAGUUUAAGAUCAUGAAGUUCAAGUCCAAGAAAGUGGAGAAGAACUAUGCGUUUGAAAUUCCUGACGUGCCCACUCAGUGCGAGUACCUGGAAGUCAGAUAUUCUGCUGAGUUCCCCUCGCUGCCUUCUGACCUCAAGGGGGCGACCUUUUCCCACAUUUUUGGAACCAACACAUCCAGUCUGGAGCACUUUCUCCUCAGCAGGAAGAUUAAAGGCCCUUGCUGGUUGGAUAUCAAGUCACCACAGCUAAUGAACCAGCCGGUCAGCUGGUGUAAGGUGGAGGCGCUCUCUCUGAGGAGUGAUUUAAUCACAGUCGUCAAAGAUCUCCCACCUCCACCACUCACUGUCAUGUCCAUCAGUCUCAAGACUGUCCAGAACCCUAAAACUCACCAAAAUGAGAUUGUGUCUCUAGCUGCGCUUAUACACUAUCGCUUCCACAUGGAUAAAGCUCCUCCUCAGCCUCCGUACCAGACUCAUUUCUGCGUUAUCAGUAGACCAGCUGACUGCAUCUUUCCUUAUGAUUUCAACGAGGCUGUGAGAAAGAAGAAUGGGAAGGUGGAGAUCGCUUCUACAGAGAGGACCCUGCUCGGCUUCUUCCUGGCCAAGAUGCACAAGAUUGACCCUGAUGUGCUGGUGGGUCAUGACAUCUUUGGAUUUGACUUGGAAGUUCUUCUCCAGCGCAUCAAUGUGUGUAAGGUUCCCCAUUGGUCAAAAAUUGGACGCCUCAGGAGGUCCAAUAUGCCCAAAUUAGGGGGUCGUAGUGCCUUUGCAGAGAAGAACGCCACCUGUGGCCGUCUGGUUUGUGACGUGGAGAUCUCAGCCAAAGAGCUGAUUCGCUGUAAAAGUUAUCAUUUGACUGAACUCACUGCUCAGGUGCUGAAGACGGAAAGAAUCACAGUCCCACAGGAAGACAUUAAAAACCUCUACAGUGACUCUCCUCACCUCCUGUACCUGUUGGAGUUGACAUGGACAGACGCCAAGUUGAUCCUCCUGAUCAUGUGUGAGCUCAACGUGCUGCCACUCGCCCUGCAGAUCACCAGUAUUGCUGGAAACGUCAUGUCUCGUACUCUGAUGGGAGGCCGCUCUGAGAGGAACGAGUUCCUGCUGCUUCAUGCCUUCCACGAGAAAGACUACAUCGUCCCUGACAAACCUUCUUUCAAAAAAGCACAGCUCGAGACGGCUGAAGGCGAAGAUGAUGUGGAUGCAGGCAAAGGCAAGAGGAAGAAGAAGGCAGCCUAUGCUGGAGGUUUGGUGCUGGAUCCUAAAGUUGGUUUCUAUGAUAAGUUUGUGCUGCUGCUUGACUUCAACAGUCUGUAUCCUUCAAUCAUCCAAGAGUUCAACAUCUGCUUCACCACCGUGCAGAGGGAGGCUCAGAACUCCCAGAAGAAGAAAGAGGUGGAUGACCCAGAGGAAAUUCCCGAGAUUCCAGAUCCUAACCUAGAAAUGGGAAUCCUGCCCAAGGAAAUCAGGAAGCUGGUUGAACGGCGUAAGCAGGUCAAAGGGCUCAUGAAACAGCAAGACAUCAACCCAGAUCUCUACCUGCAGUACGACAUCCGUCAGAAGGCUCUGAAGCUGACUGCUAACAGUAUGUACGGUUGCCUGGGAUUCAGCUACAGCCGCUUUUACGCCAAGCCACUUGCUGCCCUGGUUACACACAAGGGUAGGGAGAUUUUGAUGCACACGAAAGACAUGGUUCAGAAGAUGAAUCUGGAAGUCAUCUAUGGAGAUACUGACUCUAUCAUGAUCAACACAAAUAGCAAGUGUCUGGAUGAAGUUUUUAAGCUUGGCAAUAAGGUGAAGGCAGAAGUAAACAAGCUGUACAAACUAUUGGAGAUCGACAUCGAUGGUGUGUUCAAGUCUCUUUUGCUGCUGAAGAAGAAGAAGUAUGCCGCCCUUGUGGUGGAACAACACGGAGAAGGACGUUUUAGCGUCAAGCAAGAGCUCAAAGGGUUGGACAUCGUCCGUAGGGAUUGGUGUGACCUGGCUAAGGAAUGCGGCAACUACGUGAUUGGGCAGAUCCUGUCUGAUCAGAGUCGUGAUGUCAUUGUGGAGAACAUCCAGAAACACCUGGUGGAGUUGGGAGAGAAGGUGGCUAGUGGAGACAUACCACUGAACCAGUAUGAGAUCCACAAGGCACUGACAAAGGAUCCUCAGGACUACCCUGAUAAGAAAAGUCUCCCUCAUGUCCAUGUUGCUCUGUGGAUUAACUCUCAGGGUGGUCGUCGGGUCAAAGCUGGAGAUACCAUCUCCUACCUCAUCUGUAAAGAUGGCUCCAACCUGCCAGCCAGUCAGAGAGCCUAUGCUCUAGAGCAGCUCCAGAAACAGGAGAAUCUCACUCUGGACACACAGUACUACCUGGCCCAGCAGGUCCACCCUGUGGUGUCUCGCAUCUGCGACCCUAUUGAGGGUAUUGAUGGUGUACUCAUAGCCUCGUGGUUGGGUCUGGACCCGAGUCAGUUCAGAGCUCAGCAGCAGUUCCAGAGGGAGGAGGAAACCGACGGCUUGCUGGGUGUUCCCGUCCAGCUGACUGAUGAGGAGCGCUAUAAAGACUGUGAGAGGUUUACUUUCACCUGUCCUCAGUGUGGCACUGACAACGUCUACGACAGCGUCUUUGAAGGAGCUGGUUCAAAGGUUGAGCCUAGUUUGAUGCGCUGCUGUCACAUCCCUUGUGGAGGUUCUCCAGCUGACUACGUCGUCAACAUCCGCAACAAACUUGUGCUUGACAUCCGUCGCCACAUCAAAAGAUACUACGCGGGCUGGUUGGUGUGCGAGGACCAGGCCUGUCAGAACAGGACCAGACGUUUGCCCAUCGCCUUCUCCCGGCAUGGACCCAUCUGCCCUGCCUGCAGCAGGGCGACACUUAGACCCGAGUACUCGGAGAAGGCCCUAUACAACCAGCUGUGCUUCUACAGGUUCAUCUUUGACUGGGAAUACGCAAUCACAAAAGUACUAAAUACUGACGAAAAAAAACCUUUUAACAAGAUGAAUGAAGAAAAAGACGUCUAUCGGAAGCUAAAGGAUGUACCAGACAAAGCCUUGGCAUCCAGCGGGUACUCGGAGAUUAACCUGGCCAAACUCUUCCAGGCUUUCUCCUCCCUCAAGUAAAACAACAUAAACCUCCAUGAAGACGUCACCACCAAGAGGCUCCAGUUUCUGACUCAAAAAGCUGGACAUAUGCUCACACAACCACAUCUGUUUUCUUUGUUUGCAGUUUCCACAUAUAGACCUCAGCCUCCUAACCCUUAUGUCAUCUACCCUGUAGCUAAUGGUCUUGUAAUAUAGCUUAAAACCCAAUCACAGCUUCCCCAUCCGCACACACACACACUCUCAUUAUUUGACCCCGUCACCCUGGCUCUGUAUGGUAAAGGGGAGCAGCAAUCAUACCUAAAUGACAGCCUAUUGUGCGUGCAGAGGCUAGCUGUGCCCAGAUGUGUGUGUGUGUGUG